GGUUAAGUAGCCCUGGUCGUUUUUCGCACACACAAAUGGGAAAUCAUGGAAGUUCAUUGUCUGAUCUGAAUUUGUUUUCGAAGGGAGCGGUGUUCAGCCGAGAGCAGUUGGAUGAAUACCAGGACUGCACAUUUUUUACGAGGAAAGACAUAAUUCGCUUAUAUAAGCGAUUUUAUGCUCUGAAUCCUCAAAAAGUCCCAACCAAUAUGCAAGGGACACGUCCUGCCAUAGUAACACUGACUUUCGAAGAAAUAGAAAAAAUGCCAGAAUUGAGGGAAAAUCCAUUUCGAAGACGAAUUUGUGAAGUAUUCUCCGAGGACGGUAGAGGAAAUCUGACAUUUGACGACUUUCUAGACAUGUUUUCUGUGUUUUCCGAAAUGGCUCCACUGCCUCUGAAGCUGAAGUACGCGUUCCGAAUUUACGAUUUCGAUAGCGACGAGUAUCUUGGACAUGACGACUUGAGCAAAAUGAUCAGAAGUUUGACAAGGGACGAGCUGAGUGACGAGGAGGUGGAAUUCAUCAUUGAAAGGAUUAUCGAAGAAGCUGAUCUUGACGGAGAUGAUCGCAUCAAUUAUGCUGAAUUCGAGCAUGUCGUCUCACGAUCGCCCGACUUCAUUCGAACUUUUCACAUCAGGAUAUAGUUGCAAUUAUCUUCCUGUAUAAUUUGCGGCCUUGCCCUGCUUUUUAGCAGUCAUUGUGCAUUCGCAAUUUUUUAUAAAUUCUUUACGUC